ACACCAGUCAGUCAGCUGUUGUCCAAGCGUGUUGAUUUUAAUUGGCAACAAAUUGCAAAUUGUUUAAACAAAAGUCGAAAAAUGCUCUGAAUUGACAGCAAACCAGUGCCUUGAUGUGUUUUUCCAAUAGUUUAAAAACAAAACCUGCCUGCAAGUGGUGUAAAACUCAAAGAAAGCAAGUGAAAGUAUAGAAAAAGCCAUCAUGUCUACUGGAUUAAAAUGUCGCAAUUGCGGAUCCAACGAGAUCGAGGAGGAUAAUGCCAGAGGAGAUCGGGUCUGCAUGAACUGCGGUUCUGUGCUGGAGGAUUCCCUCAUCGUUUCCGAAGUGCAGUUCGAGGAAGUUGGACAUGGAGCAGCUGCAAUUGGUCAGUUUGUCUCCGCCGAAUCCUCGGGUGGAGCCACAAACUACGGCUACGGCAAGUUCCAGGUGGGUUCGGGCACAGAGUCCCGCGAGGUGACCAUCAAGAAGGCCAAGAAGGACAUCACCCUGCUCUGCCAGCAGCUGCAACUGUCCCAGCACUACGCGGAUACAGCCCUGAACUUCUUUAAGAUGGCAUUAAGUAGGCAUCUAACCCGCGGCAGGAAGAGCACCCACAUUUACGCCGCCUGCGUGUAUAUGACCUGCAGGACAGAGGGCACCUCUCAUCUCCUUAUAGACAUCAGCGACGUUCAGCAGAUCUGCUCGUAUGAGCUGGGCCGCACCUACUUGAAGUUAUCGCACGCCCUUUGUAUCAACAUCCCGUCUGUGGAUCCAUGUUUGUACAUCAUGCGUUUUGCAAAUCGCCUGCAACUGGGAGCCAAAACGCAUGAGGUUUCAAUGACGGCCCUGAGGAUUGUGCAGCGCAUGAAGAAGGAUUGCAUGCACUCGGGACGUCGACCCACCGGCCUCUGCGGAGCAGCUCUGCUGAUUGCGGCCCGCAUGCACGAUUUCAGUCGUACCAUGCUGGACGUGAUAGGUGUGGUCAAGAUCCACGAGUCUACGCUUCGCAAGCGUCUCUCGGAGUUUGCCGAGACGCCCUCGGGGGGACUGACUUUGGAGGAGUUCAUGACCGUUGACCUGGAGCGCGAACAGGACCCGCCUUCGUUUAAAGCAGCCCGCAAAAAGGAUCGUGAGAGGAUUAAAGAUAUGGGAGAGCAUGAACUCACAGAGCUACAGAAGGAAAUCGAUGCUCAUCUGGAAAAGGACCUUGGCAAGUACUCCAGCUCAGUAUUUCGUCAGCUGACCAAAGGAAAGGGUGCCACUCCAGUCAGCUCUCCAAGCACUCCCAAGGGCACCUCUGAAAAAGAUCUCGAACUGGAGGAGUCCAGGCAGUUCAUCGAAGAAUCCAAUGCACAAGUGAUUAAGGAGUUGAUAGCCAAGAACGAGGAUGUUAAGAAGGCAGAACCGGGAGGUUUGGUGGCUGGGAUUGAAGGCCUCCGUCCGGAUAUCGAGGCAAUGUGCAGGGUGACUCAGAGCGAUUUGGAGGAUGUGGAGAAGGCUAAGCAGCCCCAGGAACAAGAACUCGUCACCGACGAUCUGAAUGACGAUGAACUGGAUCAGUAUGUGCUGACCGAGGAGGAGGCGGUGGCCAAGCUGGAAAUGUGGAAGAACCUUAACGCCGAGUAUUUGCGCGAGCAGAAGGAACGCGACGAGCGGCUGGCUAAGGAGCGUGAGGAGGGCAAACCGGAGCGAAAGAAGCGCAAGCCGCGCAAAAAGGUCAUUGGCCCCUCGUCAACCGCCGGCGAAGCCAUUGAAAAGAUGUUGCAAGAGAAGAAGAUAUCCAGUAAGAUCAACUAUGAGAUCCUCAAGACCCUGACCGAGGGCAUCGGCGGGCUGACCGAUGACUCAGCUGGGACAAGCGCGGAUACCAAACCGAGCACUUUGGAAGAGCUAAAGCAGCAGCCCUUGAUUGUGGAAGAAGGUCCCAUUGCCCCCAAGAGCAGGGGCACCAGGCCAGCUUACGAUCUGCCUGGACCUAGUAGGAAACGCCCCAAGGUGGAGGUGGGUCUUCCAGUCAACCAGGCAGCGGAUGAGGAGCCUCCAGAUACCAAGCCAACGGUGGUGGUAGAAGGAGAUGACCUAGACGAAGGUGUUGAGGCGGAAGUUGAAGAGGCUGAAGCCGAACCUGAGGCAGAACCGGAGGCCACUCUUCAAGACAUGCUCAACACGGGCGGGGACGACGAUGAGUUCGGCUAUGGUUUUGACGAAGAGGAGGAAUACUAGGCAUUAGUUCGCAUUUAGCGUUUAAAGCAUUUUAGCAUAUACACACCGACUUUAUAGUACCCAACCUACUCGUAAUACAAUUAAACUAAGCAUUAGGGCCCGUGCACUUGUUGCCGCCAAGCUAUUUUCUGGGCGCGCUCGCAGUGAAAGCCAUUAAAUCAUGGGCUGCUCCUCGCAGCCAUUUACAUGUUUAAGCCAUGUCGGUGCGGGGAGUCGCUGCGCCCGUACUCCCGUACACUCUGGACUGGUUCUCGUAGCUAGCUUCUAAUUGUUGGCGCUGCCGUGGCGCGCCUCCAAGUGCUGCAAAUAAAUAUUUCACUCUUAAUCAUGUUUUGCACUUUGUUUUGCUUGCCUUUCUCCGGCGCUGCAGGCGGCCACCAGUUCAGUUUAGCUUCAGUUCAGUUGCUGGCCCGGGCCAGGAACUUGGCCCGGCUCCACGGCCGUAGCGUUGAGUGGCAAGUGCCCGGCAAUGAGCUGUUGAGUCUGCCGAGCACUUGUCUCUGCGAUUUUAUAGUUAUUAUGUUGUAAUUAGUGUUAAUUUACUUGCCUCCGGUUCAGCAAGUCAGCUUCUGCGCUCCCAUAAAGUAUGGCAUAUCUUACGGCUGCUUGCGAAUUUCGAAUCCCUAGUGAUUUUUAUUCCGAACAAAUUAGCUAACUGUAAUGCUUAGCUGAACGGUUAAGAUGUACGUCUAAUAACUAAGAAGUAAUUAGAUUCUUAAUAAAUAUUUAAAAUGUAUCACCAA